UAUAGAGUUAAGCAACGCAUACUGAACUAUAAUAAAAAAAAAAGAAUAUUCACAUAAUGACAAUUUUUUAAAUCUUCCGUUCUUAAUUAAAAAAAAAAACUCUAUUUGAUUCUAUAUAUACCACCGAAUCGAACAACUUAUAGUACACAGAAAUUAACCCAACCUAUAUAUAUAUAAGAAUUCGUACAUAUAUCUAUUUAACAAUAGUUAUAUUAGAUAGUAAAUAUAAUGUGUAUAUAUUGAAUGAAAUUCAUAGGUAGCAUCGCCGUCUAACUAAGCAACUUGUUGGUAUGGCAGAACAUUAUUUGUCACCAUCAAUACUAUGCAUUAUGUUGACCGCUCUUGUCUCCCUCGCCGGAGCAAAAGUCCCGGCGAUCAUUGUCUUCGGCGACUCUUCCGUAGACUCCGGCAAUAACAACUUCAUACAAACCAUGGCCAGAGCCAACUUCGAACCUUAUGGCCGCGACUUCCCCGGUGGCCGCCCCACCGGCCGUUUUUGCAACGGCCGUCUCUCCUCCGAUUUCACCUCCGAGGCUUACGGUCUUAAACCGACUGUCCCGGCCUAUCUUGAUCCCUCCUACAAUAUCUCCGAUUUCGCCACCGGAGUUUGCUUCGCCUCCGCCGGCACCGGUUAUGAUAAUUCCACCGCUGGUGUGCUAGGCGUGAUUCCGUUAUGGAAAGAAGUCGAGUACUACAAGGAAUACCAACACAAACUUACCGCAUAUCUCGGCCGCCGAAAAGCAGCAAACAUCAUCAGAGAGUCGCUGUACCUAGUCAGCAUAGGAACCAACGACUUCUUAGAGAAUUAUUACACCUUACCGGACAGGAGAUCUCAGUUCAGCAUCAGUCAGUACCAAGACUUCCUCAUAGGGAUCGCCGAGGUGUUUCUAAAGGAUCUUUACAAACUUGGUGCUCGGAAAAUGUCUUUCACCGGAAUAUCUCCUAUGGGAUGUCUUCCACUAGAAAGAGUGGCGAAUCUUGACGACCCUUUCAGCUGUGCUACGAAUUACAACGACUUGGCGAUAGAUUUUAACGGGAGGUUGAGGAGAUUAGUGAGGAAGCUGAAUCAAGAACUCAGUGGAAUGAAGAUAUAUUUUGCUAAUCCUUAUGAUAUCAUUUGGGAUAUUGUUAUAAAACCAUCACGUUACGGUCUAGAGGUGUCUAGUUCUGCGUGUUGUGGAACUGGAUUGUUCGAGAUGGGGUUUCUUUGCGGCCAGGACAAUCCGUUAACUUGUAGUGAUGCGAAUAAGUUCGUCUUCUGGGACGCUUUUCAUCCGACCGAGAGGACUAAUCAGAUUGUGUCUGAUUACUUCUUUAAACAUCUCAAGAAUCUCUUUCAUUGAUCCUUAUUCACAUAUCUAUGAGUAUUUCAUUUACAUGAGCUUCAUUUUCAAAUAUUAGAGAAUGUUUUUUUUUUGCCCGAUA